UUUCCUUGCAGGAGAGAGGGAAGUUGGUCCCAAAGUGGCUGCUGUAUUUCUCCCCUCCACCUUACAGAAGGAGCUUCAUUGAGCUGUGAGUUCACUCCACCACAGAGUGGGAGGGUGGAGGGGCGGGUUGAACUGGGCCAAACUCAGCUGACUUUCUGUAAAUGGAGAGAGGAGGAGGCAAACUGACCAUGUGAUCCAGACUCAUGAGAACAGAGGGAGGGAAUCAUGAAAAUGAAAGUGUUCAGUCUGCCAGUAAACAGACUCCAUUUUGAGAAAAUGCAGCAGAGAGGUGAAGACUGUAGACUGAAGCAGGACUGACUUCAGAUCAGAAGAUGAGUGAUAGUGUGGAGGAAGAGGAGGACGGAGCAGAGUCUCCAGUCGCUGGCUGUCUGUCUAUGAAGAGUGAUCAGUCUGAAGAUGAUCCUCCACUCUUCAGUAAUGAACCUGAACCCUCAGAGUCAAAAGUUCAGUCCAGACCGAGAGCAGAGUCUCCAACGCCCAGCUGUCUGUCUAUGAAGAGUGACUGGUCCAUGGAAAAACCUCCAGAGUUCAGUAAUGAACCUGGACCUUCAGACACAAAAGUUCAGUCCAGACCGAGAGCAGAGUCUCCAGUACCCAGCUGUCUGUCUAUGAACAGUGACAAGUCCAUGGAUGGUGGUCUGUACUUCAGUAAUGAACCUGGACCCUCAGAGUCAAAAGAGAAGAAGAGGAGUCAUGCUUCUGUGGAGGAGCUGAUGUCCAAAUCCAGAAAAAGACCUCGACUGCUCUCAGCCAGUCAGAACAGCACUGUACAAAGUAAGACUGUAGAUCGGUCUGCUGAUGUCUUCAUGUCUGAAAACAGGACUUGUUGUUUUAAUACUGACUAUUGUUGUGACAACCAUUUAAGAUCUUCUCCACCAUACAUACCUGCUCUGCAUCACUUGUACUUUGUUCUCCUUUGAGAGAAAAUCUCAAUUGAAAGGACUAAAUUUAAAUUUUUAUAGUUUGUUUUUAUGAUAGCACUCCGUCUUUGCAUUAACCAAUCAGAAUGCUGUUUGUUUUCCAUCUGCAUAGAUGAAGAUGGAGAACUAUUAAACUCUGUGUAAAGCAACAACAUCACUGUUCUAUCACAGACAGACAGUCACACUGACGAAAGGGGAGUUUUCCUUGCCAUUGUCGCAUAACAAUACAUGCUCAUG